AUGCAACAGCGAUUUGAACGUUUCUGUAACUUGACUAUCACGCUUGUAUACAAGGACCAAAAUGGAGUAUAUAAAGUUCAGCUAAGACUGUGCUCAAUUCAGAUAACCAGUACGCAAUCGAUCAAUACAACAUCAACAACGACGACAACUAAGACACCAACUAUCACAAUCACCUCUCCAACCAUAACUACAACUGCGACUACAACAACAACUGCAUCAACAACAACAACAACAACUGCAUCAACAACAACAACAACAACAGCAUCAACAACUACCGUGUCGACUGUGAGUGGCAUUGCUGGCAGUGGACUACCUUUUGAUAAUAUGCAACCAUCUUUGGUACUUACGCAAAUAGUACCAUUGUCUAUUACAUUUCCUCUAUGUGCUAUUCGUACUUUUGCAUGCAACUUUGCUCCUGGUAAUAGUCUUCUAACAUAUGGACAACUACUCCCGAUAGCAUCCAAUACAGCGAUAUUUUCUAUCAUGGGUACAACUUAUGGAGGUGACGGUAAAAAAACCUUUGCACUUCCGAAUUUACAAGGUAUUACAAUUAUUGGUAGUGGUCAAGGUAGUGGCUUAUCGCCUUAUCGCCUAGGUGAACAGACCGGAAGUCAACAAGUAACACUGACUAAAAAUCAGAUGCCGGCACAUGUACACUCAAUCCCAAGCUCGAUUGAUUUCACAGGCAUGACAGGUUCAUCACAAUCAUUCUCUUCUAUUCAACCAUCUUUAGCGAUGAGCUAUCUGAUUUGUAUAAGUGGUGUUUUUCCAUCCACUGGUUCCUCCGUAGGACAACUACCAUUCAUCGGUCAAAUCGUUCCAUAUACUGGAAAUGUUAUACCGACGGGAUGGGCACUAGCGGAUGGAAGCUUAUUGUCGAUUGCAUCAGAUACAGCUCUGUUUUCAAUACUUGGUACUACGUACGGAGGUGAUGGAGUAACUAACUUUCGUUUACCAGACUUACAAGGCAGAGUACCUGUUGGCGUUUCUGGAAGUUUAAAUACACAGAUUGGUAAUACUAUUGGCGUCGAAUCUGUUACUCUGUUAACCAAUAACUUACCUUCACAUGUGCAUAGUCUAGUCGGUAGCAAGUAUAAUGCGACUCAAACUGGUGUUACAGGAGCUGGACAGACUUUCGAUAAUCGGCAACCUGGUUUGGGAAUCACUUAUCUGAUAACAAUGCAAGGAGUAUUUCCAUCACAAGGAGGUACUGGUCCAGAACCUAUGGCACCUUAUCUUGGAGAGAUUGUUGCAUUUGCUGGUAAUUUUCAGCCAGGGGGUUACGCCUUUGCCAAUGACCAACUACUAUCAAUUUCUCAAAAUACAGCUCUCUUUGUUUUGCUGGGUACUACUUAUGGUGGCAAUGGUAUAACAAGUUUUGCUCUUCCUGAUCUUCGCGGUCGAGUCAUCCUCGGAUCUGGAAGAGGUUUUAGCAUUGGCCAAACCCUUGGUUCAUCGCUAAUAACGCUAACAGCAGAUCAAAUGCCAUCUCAUGCACAUAGUCUUAGCCCAUAA